AUGCCGCCUAUUCUUCAACAUCCACCUCCACGCCCACCACCUGCUGCGCAGGAGGAGGACCUGUCUGAAGAGGAUGGCCUUGACCAGGCCUUUUCGGUAGGCGAGGAGUUUGAUUCACUUGGCUUCGCUGCAGUGGGUGAUCCUAACGGUGAGUCUGCGAGCGCAUAUGCCCAGUGGUUUCAGGCCAAAGCGAGCAGGAGAUUGCAUCGUUUAGAGGUUCGCCGGGCCAAACUUCCAGAGGGAGGUUGGAAAAGCGUGCCCAAGAAGACGCUGAAGACGUUCUUGCGGAAGGGCAUACCUCCAGGGUACAGGUCUGAAGUUUGGUGGAGCGUGCUUGGAUGCGACAAUGUGCGUUUGCGCUCGCCGGUUUCCUACCAGGAGUACCUCCAGGAGCCCGUGGAUUCUGCCAUCUCUGACACCAUUGAGCGAGACUUGCCCCGGACCUUUCCAAACCACAAGAAGCCGCAACCUCAGAUCAUGAGAGUUAGCAUAUGUUUUUGCUGA